GGGAGCUGUGGCCCCGCCCUCCCGCCCGCCAUUGGCCUGCCGGCGCGGGCCGGGUUUCCCGCGCGCGGGACGCCAUGGCGGGAGAGCGCGCGGCGGGGCUGGUGCGGGAGCUGCGCGGUGCCGCCGGCGGGAACCUCCCGCCUUUCCGGGCGGAGGGGCUGCGGCAGGCGCUGGAGGAGAUGCGGGAGCUGUACGAGCGGAACCAGGCGGAUGUAUCCGAAGCGAAGGCGGGGCGGACGGACCUGAUUUUCCUCAUUCGGUUUCGGCACUGCUGCCUGCUCCGCAACCAGCGCUGUGUCCUGGCCUACCUGUACGACAGGUUGCUGCGGAUCCGCGCGCUGAGGUGGGAGUGUGGCAGCGUCCUGCCAAACACCAUCCAGUUUCACAUGUCAGCUGAGGAAGCGGAGUGGCUGAAUCGGUACAAAAAGUCUCUGGCUGCCUACAUGAGGUCAGUAGGAGGAGAGGAGGGGCUGGACCUUACACAGGACAUAAAGCCUCCGAAAAGCCUGUACAUCGAAGUGCGGUGUUUAAGAGACUACGGAGAAUUUGAGAUCGAUGAUGGCACCACUGUCCUGUUGAAGAAAAAUAGCCAGCACUUUCUACCCCGCUGGAAAUGUGAGCAGUUAAUCAGACAAGGAGUCCUUGAGCACAUUCUGUCGUGAGCGUGCAGGACGGGAGGGACGAGCCUUGCCCACGACAGGGACUGAACUCUGGUGUGUGCAGGACUUCAGACACCUCGGGUGUUUCUGCAGUGGGCGCCCUGCUGCUCCUCUCAGCAGCCUUUGAUACCUGACAUGAAGAUCAGCCCUGACAUUAUAAAGUAUGCAAACCGCACUGGCCAGCUCUUCAUGCCCACGGGGUGCAUGCUGGUAACGUAGCGGUGGGGGGAGGCGUUGGAGGGGGCACAGGGGUGGGAGGGGGGGGGAUAUUUUCCAAGCCUCACAGCUACCCGCAGGUUUUGUGAAUGUGUUUUUGUUUGGAGCAGUUCUUUGUUCACACUGUGCGUGUGAGAAUAAGAUGCCAACUGCCUGGGCUCCGGCAGCUCCACAGUUGGAAAAUAAAGAACUGCCUCAGCCCUUCAA